AUGGAUGAAGAUAAAACAAUAAAUCUUCAUGGUUUUGGUAUAAAAAGUAUUGAAUGGAAUACAUUUAUAAAUUAUAAUAAAUCAAUUCGAACAAUAAUACUUUCAUCAAAUUAUCUUUCUUAUAUUCCAAAUAAAAUUUUUUCAAAUUUUAAUAAAACAUUAAUUAAUCUUAAUUUACAAGAUAAUGAAUUAAAUUGUUUAAAUAAUAAUAAUUUUUUACGAUAUCUUAAAAAUUUACGUUUACUUGAUAUAAGUAAAAAUAAAAUAAAUAAAAUCAUAUCAGAAAAUUUUUAUGGUCUUAAACGUUUAGAUACAUUAAUAUUACGUGAAAAUAAAAUAAAUUCAUUAUCAAAUAAUUUAUUUAUUUAUUGUCAAAAAUUACGAACACUUGAUUUAUCUGAUAAUAAUAUAUCAUAUAUUGAUAUAAAUACAUUUUAUUUAUUAAAUAAUUUAAAAAUUCUUUUAUUAAAUAAUAAUCCAUUAGGUGAAUAUAUAUUAACAAAUAAAUUAUUUAAAUCAUUAAAACAUCUUGAAUAUAUUGAUCUUGAAAAUAGUCAAAUUAAAAAUCUUUUACCAUUUUUAUUUAUAUCAAAUAAUAAUUUAAAAUCAAUUAAAUUACGAAGAAAUUUUUUUACAAUAAAUCAAUAUAAUUUAUAUUUAAAUUCAAAUAUGAUUUUAAAACAAACAUUUUGUGGUACUAAAUCAUUAAUUGAAAUUGAUCUUGUUAAUACAAAUUUAAAAACACUUGAUAUAUGUACAUAUCAUCAAAUUCCAACAUUACGUCGUCUUUAUUUAAUGAAUAAUCCACUUGAUUGUACAUGUGAUUUAUUUUAUUUAAAAUAUGGAGAUAUUUAUCGUCUUUUAAUAAAUCAUCUUAAUAAUAGUGAUCAAAUAAAUCAAAAUAUGGAUAUUUAUCUUAAUCAUUGGAUAUCAAGACCUGAACUUCGACGACAUUUAGAAAAUGCAUUUAUACGUGGAGAUAUUCAACGUUUACCUAUUGAAUUAUCUUUAUUUGCUCGUUGUCAAACACCAAAACAAUAUAAUGGUUAUGAAAUUGAUAAUAUAACAGGAAUUUAUAAUCAAUGUAUAUAUCGUUGGAUAGAUAUUGAACAACAAUGUAAAAAUUAUUGUUUAUUUAAUCAUCAUAUUGAAAAUUAUUUUAUAACUAAUAAUUCAAUAUUAUUACAAUAUAAACUUUUUAUUAUUCUAUUAAAUAAUUUUUGUUUAUUUCUAAUUAGAUUUCUUUUUUUUUUUGUAAUCCGGUGA